AUGGACGACGACGCGCGCGUGAGCUCGCCCGAGCGCCCGGCGAGCGUGGAGCCGUCGUACGUGUCCGCGUGGUCGUCUCAGGCGCCGCGUCGUUCGCCGAGGAAGCUCCCGAAAACCGCGCGAGAGGGGAAAACGUCGUGGAAAAUCGCAUCGAGUCAGCGAAGAGCGAUCGCGCGCGGCGUUUUGCGCGACGACGGCGCGCUGCGAGGUAUCGCUCGAGCGGCAAUGGCGACGUGUGAUCCGUUUUCGCGCGCGUGUGGGUUCACGAGGGCGAGAGCGCGGGUGGGGGUGGGGAGAAGGCGCGUGCGCGCGUCGGCGGAUAGCUCGUGCAACGAUGCAGCGACGAAAACGGUCGAGCGCGAAGGGGUUCGCUUGAGGUACCAAGGAGACUGGCUGGACGUCAAGGGUUCAGGUAUUGGUACAGUGAGCGCGCGUGAGUGCCUGGAGCGAUGGCGCGCGUCGCCGUUCGAGGCAUACGGUGGGCAACGAAAGGACUGUCGAUGGGUUGCGUGUAUCGCAAGCGGUGAUUCGAGUGCGAGGGAGGGCGUUCGAAUGGCGAUCGAGGAGGUAGCAAGGGAGUAUGCGGGAUGUAGUCUUGGUGUGAUGCGCGCGAUCGGGGACAGGGACGCGUCUUACGGGGUUUUCGAUGUCGGCGACGUAAGCUCAAGCGCUUUGGAGCGAUAUGCGUCUUCGUUUGGCGCGGCGGCAACGACAAUGGCCGAGUUCUCCGCGACUCGACCGACAAUGUGCGUGAUGUUUGUGAUAAUUCCCGAUCAGUGCGACGAGGCGGACGCACUGACGAUCUUAGCGCUCGCGUCGCACGUCGCCGCGGAGGUGACGCGCUCGAUACACAGAAGCUUCUUGUCCAUCUCGGUGCAAGCGAUUCCGGCGUCGUGGUGCGAGGAUGCACGAGUGCGUUCUUCUGCGAGCGUGCGCAUGAUUGCAUUCGGUGUGUUCUCCAAACUCGCGAGGCCGACGGUGAAACGUGCGGUUCAGCUUCCAAACGACGAUAUGCACCAGGAACCGACGAGCGGGACGAAUGUCGAGAAGACGGACGGUCGUUGCGGCGUGUGCGGAGCCGCCGUGAUCGGACGACGCGCACCCCAUCCCAUGUUUCACAUCCCCGAGACGGCGACCGGUCGUCGAAUCUCUUCGUUUCCGGCGUACGAACCGCUCUACGCAUUGACGCCGAGGGCGAGUACCGAAUUGUCCACAACGAGAGGUUUACACUGCGCAUACAUCAUCGUCGCUGGUCGUUGGGUCGUCGCGUCGUGGAGCGAUUCAUAUGGCGAGUUCUUCACUCUGGAAGCGGAACCGUUCGAGAACGAGCGAGAGGUGGAGACAUCUGGUUUACCAUGGCUCCUCAAGCGCACGAGCGAGCUCUCCGAACAGUUAGCCUUUGCGUACGGCAAAAAAGCGAGCUCGACGCUUUAUUUCGAGCGCGCAGUCGUGUGCAGACUCGGUGAGUGCUCGGCGCGAGAGCGUGAUGCGCUCGAAAACGCGUGUGCGAGCGCGCCCGCGCCGCUCGAUCGAUCGAGUUUGACGCGCGUGGAGCUGACGUGUGUCGAGCCAGACUUGGUGCCCGCGCGCGUGGCCGUACUCGGCCCGAGAUCGACCAGCGACGUCGUGUACGUCAUGGAAUCGAACCAAUCGAAGAUGGCAGUGAAGACAUUCGCGUUACCGCCGAGUGCUCAGGGCGUAAGUAUCGUCGCCCAUAGCACGAAAGCCUCGAGCUCGCUCCUGCGCGCUUUGAGCGCCGAGGGCGCCGACUUGGCCACGCUCGAAUCCUUAGCCUCGCUCUACGGUGCUCAAAUGUCCCAACUCGGGAUGAUGUGCGCGAGUGAUAACGUGGUGGAUGAACAUGGGAACGUUCGCGCGCCAUUCAGUUACCAUGCCGAGGCGUGCACGCGCUUUGCGAGCGCCAUCCAGUCUCUCGAGGUAUUCGAUUCAACCUUCUAG